AUGGAGUCGUUACAAGAUAUCGUUGUGGAAGGUGUUACUGCAUUCGUUGAGCCACCUGCAAAGAAUUACCGCUAUGUCAUCGAGUUGAAAAGCUCAAAAAUGAGCAUUUGGAUCGAAGAUCGAACAUCGAAGAAACAAUGGUUUAAGGGCGGCAUGGUCAAAACAGAUUAUGUGUCAUCGGCAAACGCCAUUGCAGAUGCAUCGGAGAGAGACUACGUCAAGUGCUUCCAAGACAUGUUGGACUGCAAGCUGGACGAUUCCAACGAUGUGCAUCGAAAGCUGUUCCCGAUACAAGGUGGAGGUGUCCGGCUGGAAUUGGGCGUUGCAGUUCGUGUUCUACGUGCGACGCGUCUGGUCACGUACACGUUUGAUCUCGAUCCCGUUUCUGUUGAACGACUUGACAUUUUGGAGUCGAAGUUGCGUGACCAGCAAGAAGAACUGGAGAAGCUUCGUGGUGAAGUACAAGAUUGUGGAGCACCCCUUUUUGUUAAACUGACAGCAUCCAAGAUGAGUGGAAGCUCGAUCUUGUGGGAUGCGAUCGAAUCGGAUCUGCUGAUUUCGACGGGCUUGGAUGGCAAGAUCAAAAUGCUUCGAGGGGGUGUUUACAGUAUUGCUGUUGUAGCAGCAAAUACGGGAUAUUCGCAAGGCUGCGGCUGCUCCGCUACGCUGUACACGAUUGAGCACCUGCAGACGAACGAUGAAUUGACAACGACGUGUGAGGGCAACCUGCACAGCGUCUCUUACCUGUCCAUUGUUCGUCUUGACAAGUAA